AUGACAGCCAAUCAUCCAGUUUUAUCUUUACAAACCUCGUACCUAAAUCUCUGGUCACCUGGGACACUUGCCGAGAUAGUCAUUGUCAACCGGUCACGCGUUCUGAAUACCCGUUACUCUUUUUACAAAUCUUUCUUUCUUUCUUUCUUUCUUUCUUUCUUUCUUUCUUUCUUUCUCAUUCAUCAACUCUCAUCAUCUUUCAGCUUUCGUUCUCAACCAUUCCUUCAUUUAAAUUCAUUUUCUUUCUUUCUUUUUUUUUUUUCAUGUUUCAGAAAUGACAUCGUCUGGAUUAGCUUAUUGUCCUCCCUUAGGACGCUUCCUCAGAUUAACCUGAUACAAAGACACAUUAAUGGAGCACUCACGGCGAAUCUAAAAGUAGACUUUCACUAUCGUUUCCCUCAGGAAUAUUCCUCAUACACAUACGUCAAAGGUUGGCCAAACUAUAUUUGCAAAAACGCAGCUUUAUAA